CCGCUUCGCGGCUCUCUCGCAGCUCUCUCAUGCGGAGAAAAAUCAAGAGAAGAGAAAAAUCAAGAAAAAUCUCUGGGAACAGGGUAAUAUGUUGCGAUAUACAGGUUGAACUAACAGAGAAUCCUGUAUAUUUUUCAUAGCUUUUCAAGAAUUUAACUUUAUAUCACUCUUAAUUAAGUCAUAUAACCUAUUUUUGUAUAUUGCCUAAUGAUAGAGACGAGGCCUACGGCUUUUCGCGCGGCCAUUUUUCUUCUCUCGUGAAUUUUGCCCGCUUCGCUGGACAAUCCAAGAAAUAACUGACUGUCCACAGCCUAUCUUUUUUAAUGGUUUAAAUGUCUAGCAUUUUGCAGCCAAUUAGUUUCGCCACCAGACUGUGGUGCUACGGUACUUAACCCUCCAAGCCUCAAUAUCAGGAAUUUACACAUCUUGAAAAGUUUAGCCUAAAUUCUUCAAGUUCAUCGUUUGUAAUCCGCGUUAAUCUUCUCCAUCUUAAACCACCCUUGUUUAUAUAUGGGUUAUUAUUAGCUCUUAGUAAACUACUAUUUUCCUGUUUUCUUCAAUUUAACGGUUAUUUUAAACGUGGCCAAAAUAACUCUAAAUAUCGGUGACUGAGCUCCUAUAAGAGAAUGUAUCACUGAUGGCUGGUGAAGUAUUCAUUUCACGCUGAUAAAUUAGCUCUUGACCAUGCAGAUUAUUGGGGCUUGGAGGGUUAAUCCUGUGCGAUGUAGAGAAGUUGUUAUAUGAGUUUAUAUUGAACGAACGACCAAGUAAACUAGAUCCUAGUACGAAAUGAGUUAUCAUUUAGUUUUAAGGAGGAGCUAGUUCACAUUAGGUCCAAUACUUGUAUUAAACCCAUCAUAAUUAAUGAAUAGUAAUUAACUUUGGGGAAAUAAACAUGCUUUGAAAUGAAAUCUUUUUGUCCAUUACUGAUUAAGUUAUUCAGUUUUAAGAAGGAAUCCAACAAAAGCUCGAGCAACAAGUGGUCAAAAACUUUGUACCUAGAUUAUUUGCAUUGUAUUGCAAACGUCUGUGUGACUGUCUUAUAUAUCCUCUCGAAACAAAUCAAUGACAACACCAAAUUUCGAAAACAAAUUUUGAAGUUCUUAAGAAACACUUGAAAGUACUUUGUUGAUGAAUUUUUACCUGUGCUGGCACAAUUUCUCUGAACUAUGAAGUAGAUUUUCUCAAGUUUCCUUGCAAAAAUUGUUUUUGGCGCUAUUGCAGGCAACUAUUUAUUUCUUAUUAUUUUAGAAAAUUUAAACAGAACUGUAAUAUACUCAAAAUUAUUCUGGUACCAGGUUUUUGUCAACAAAAAACUGAAAUUGCUCAGUUCCUAUCGGAUUUCAACUUAAGCUUUUUAUGUCAUCCUACCGAACAGCUAUCAUUUUCUCCAGAAUCCUAAAGAGAUAUCACAUAAUUAAUUUCAAGAAGAAAUAGAAUGUUGAAUUUUUCAGUUUUAGUUCUAAUAAUAAUGAACAAUGUAAGAGUUCUUCUCAGCUCUGUUCAUUUGGCGUUGGGUGUGAAAAUUUUGCGGUUUACUGCUUGACCGAAAUUCAAUUUCGUUAGUUCGUAGGCGGAAAAAAAGUCGAGUCUUAAAUUUGCAUCGUUGACAGCUUACAUACUCGUCCCCAGAGGCCGCGCUCCAUUUAGGCAGCGAUUUUCUGAGCAUGCGCAGAGAUUGCGUUUUCGUAUUCUCAGCCAAUUAGCUUUGUCAGAUUUGACGGAAAGUCUGUAAACCGCAGACUUCCGGUGUUGGACCAGCCCAGAGGUCGCGAUUCUUGGUGCUGACCAAAAGGAGCGCGGCCUCUGUGGACGAGAAUGGACAACUUACAACAAUCCGCAGGAUUUCAAUGCACAUUCUCGUCCCCAGAGUUUACUGCCACUCUCAGUCAGUGCGGGAUUUGGCACGAAGAAAAGGUGGGUCUGGCGAAACAUGAUAUGAUUGGGUGGUUUUUUGGAGUAAGACUAUCACUAAUUCAACGCUGGUUUCUUUCUCGAAAAUAUCCACUGAUUGAUCUCUUACUAAAUCGUUCGAUACAGCUUUAAAUAAACGGAAUUUAACACGGCAGAAAAUUAUCAAAUGCACACCAGAGUGGCACACAUGAGUUUCGCUAUGGAGAGCUUCACCGGAAACUCUCCCUGGUCCCCCAUACGUUAGUCAGUAUCAAUCAGUGAUAGUUUUGAGAAAGAAACCAGCCUUGAAUUAAUGAAAAUCUUAGGGCCACCUGUACCUCGUGCCAAGGCCCCAUCGGCUAAGAAGUCCAGACGGCUGUAAGGGCGAGAAUAAGAGUCACAGAUCGUUCUGUAGCCUGUGAACAGGCUCCGGUUGGAAUGGUCAAAAAGGAACUGGCUUAGCGUGUAGUGGCCGAGGGGGAAUGGGGUAGGGGUUGUCCUCUUUUUCCCCCUCCUCUCUCUUCUAUCCUCUUUCUUCCAGCUUUCACAGGCUACUCGCUCCCACUCCCUGCUCCUCUUGUUGGGCAGAGGGUGGAACGAAAGCGAACGACCUUGGGCGGUCUGUGGUGCAAGUGACCUGCCGCAAUGCCCUGCUGAAAAUUGAUAUUGAUAAAGACAUUCCAAGACAUGAUGAAUAAUCAUNUAACGUGGUCAAGCAUAUGACAAAGGUAUUAACAACAUACAAAUAACAUGCUGAAACUCGCUUGUUUGUCAUACGCUUUUCACUUGUUUUUCAUACGUUUGCUACCUGUCACAAUUUCAGUAGUUACCGGGCAUCUAGACACUGCAAUUUUCUUCCAGACUAAGGAGAAAGACGGUCGAAUCUUAUCACGGAAAAAAGAAAUGAAACAAAUACGGUUACUGGAUAAUAAGGUUACGCAAGCAUUGCCUAAUUGUAUGAACAUUUGUGAUAUAAACGAUCAAUGCAAGGCUUACCCUGUUCAAACUGCAGCGGAGACAUGGUUGGACACAGCGAACCACAGCGACCUGUUUCGUCCCUUCCGCGGGUGAUACCUCUCAAUGUAGGUGGAUAUAGCUUUGUGACUACUCUGUCGACGCUGACCAAAGACAAAGACUCCAUGUUGGCAGCCAUGUUUAGCGGACGUCAUGAGCUGGACACGGACAGCGAGGGGAGGUACUUCAUUGAUCGCGAUGGAACCUACUUCAAGUACAUACUGAACUAUCUUCGAGACAGAAAGCAGUUACCGUCAGCCGAUAUAGCACUUGAGGUUUACAAAGAAGCGCAAUUCUACCAAAUAGAAGGAUUGAUCGGAACACUAGAACGUUUCUCCAACGUCUUUGCGCACAAACUGGAAGAUGCAAGGAAAUCGAAGCUCGGGAGUGAUUUCGAAAAGUGGCAACAACAAAUAAUCACGUGCGCACAGAGCAAAAGCCUGCAAAACCUGACAUCCACCAGCAAGGUGAGCUUGCUGUCACUAGAGGACCACAAGAAAAUCAUGGAGUGCGGAGACUGCGUGGGCCCGCAUGCGCACAACCUCGUGGUCUCCAAACCGGCUAAACAGGGCGUGAUUCAUCAUCAGGAGACAUUUGAUUACGUGCAACGACGGUUUAAAGAAACAGAUUUGGUCAUUUGCAUUUUGACAAAUGCCGAGAUGAAAAUGUUCAUCAGCAUGACGGAGGCAGAUUUGAAGAACAGUGGCUACUGCUGUAGUUUCCGCGAAGAGAAAAUCCGCUGUAAGAAUAUCAAGCUGCAUUAUGGGAUCGGAAAGGAAGAGUGUCGCUUUAACGUGACAGAACAUGUGGUCGAGUUUGAAUGGUAAUUUGAAAUGACGCCAUUGGCGACAAAUUAAAUGUGUAGACUGUUUAUAGUCCCCUGUUUCACCGCGAGUUUCGUUUCGACGUCUUUCACAUGGCGAGUGCAACCAGGGGUGAAUAUUAAUUCUACCAAGGGGGUGAGGCAGGUUUAAGAUAGGCCCGAAAAAUACGCCCCUACCCCUUCCCCCUAUGCUCUCUACCCUGACGCCCACCCCUUGGUAACUUUACUACUGAACUCUCCCAGGUUGUUCUCGUCAUACGAAAGCAAGAGAAAGGAAUUUUAUAGUCUAACGGAAAUAUUAUAAGGUAUAGCUGGAAAUAGUGAAUUGUUAGUUACUUUUUACAUUAAAUCCAACUAUUCAGAUAUUAAUUCUCCUAACAAUAUCAAUAGAAUGUCGAGCUGACAGGUUAUGAGAAUACACAAAAUCAUCAACUAUGGAUAACAGAGACCUUUAUACAUCCGAUUACGAGAUUUAAGAACACGCUAGCCGGCAAAAUGUCAUUGGUUCACAUGCGUGCAGGGUUACCAUGUUUUCCUGCCAAAACGACACUGUUACACAUGCGCGUAGAGUCCAGGCAAAAAUAAUGUUGGCUUUAAUAUAGCGCGGACACUUAUCAUGUUUGUCCUGCAACAAUUGUUUCAAACGCGCGAAAGGGUAACAAGUCUUUUCCCGCCAAAAUGGCACUGCUCCACACGCGCGUACGUUUUUACCAUUACAGUCGAACCUCGAUUAUCCGUUCCUAGAUUAUCCAGAUUUCUCGAUUAUCCGGACAUUUUCUCUG